CUGCUGGGACUAGAUUGGUUCCCUUCCCUUGGCCUUAGUAUAACUGGAAUCCAUGCUGUCUCAACCUCUGAAGUAGACACCCUAUUCACAGACUAUUCUGAUGUCUUUGGCGAUGAAUUGGGUUGCUAUUCUGGCACCCCCAUCUCCUUCACUGUGGAACCCCAGGCAAUUCCCCUUUGCCUCAAGCCACGCAGAGUACCCUUCGCCAUCCGUCCAAAAUUAGAUUUAGAAUUAGAUAAGUUACUAAAGCAAGGGGUAUUAGAGCCAACUGAUUUUGCCAAAUGGGAGACCCCCAUAGUCACCCCACUCAAAAAAGAUGGCAGCGUGAGAAUCUGCGCUGAUUACAAGACCACCCUCAAUCGUUUUCUGCAGGUCAGCACAUACCCUGUCCCUGUUAUCCAACACCUAUUACACACUUUAGCUGAGCUACAAACCAUAGUCACUCAUAGGGGAGCAUUCAAAUGCAAGCGCCUCCAAUUUGGCGUAAGUGUAGCCCCAGGUAUUUUCCAGUCCCUCAUGGAAAGGAUUCUCCAAGGACUCCCAGGGGUAGUCCCUUACUUCGAUGACAUUUUAGUUUCAGCAGUUAACAAACCUCAGCUCUUUGAACUCAUAACUGACCAUAAACCACUCCUGGGGCUUUUGUCAGGGGACAAGCAAACACCACAGGUACUAUCACCUAGGAUGACCAGGUGGACCUUGUUCCUGGCCGCAUACUCAUUUAAAUUAGUGCAUCGCCCUGGAAAAAACUUGAGUCACGCAGAUGCCCUUAGUCGAUGCCCCCUGCCUGUUCCAGUCGAAGACCCAGCACCCAUUCAUGCCAUUUUUGAAGUAAAUGAACUUAAAUUGCCUGUUACAGCUGAAGACAUUGCAACGCACUCAAAAAAAGACAGGGUAAUUGCCCAGGUUCUGGACUGGGUGGGAAGGGGGUGGCCUGAAACACAAUACACUUCUGACUUCACUCCUUUCAAAAUUCGCAAGCAAGAAUUGUCAAGCCUACAGGGUUGUCUGUUGUGGGGGACAAGGGUGGUCAUCCCAGCCACUCUCCGUGUACCCAUCCUAAAGGUCCUUCACGAAGGCCACCCGGGCAUCGUAAGGAUGAAGGCCCUGGCCCGCAGCUACGUUUGGUGGCCAGGCAUGGAUGCCCAAAUCUCCAGCUGGGUAAGCUCGUGCCAACCUUGCCAAACUACCAGGCCUACCCCACCAGCAGCCACUCCUACCAGGUGGGAAAGUGCUGGGGGACCUUGGUCUCGCCUGCACAUCGACCUGGCUGGACCAGUACAUGGAAGGACCUUCUUGGUUUUAGUAGACUCGUAUUCCAAAUGGAUAGACUUGGCCCUACUACCUUCAACAACCACUCAAGCAAUUGUUAAGGCUCUAACCCGUUUGUUUGUUACCCAUGGCCUCCCUGACACACUGGUGUCUGACAAUGGCCCCCAGUUCACAUCUUGUGAGUUUAGUAUGUACGCUGCCAACUUAGGUAUCAGACACAUCCUCACAGCCCCUUUUCACCCAGCUAGCAAUGGGAUGGCUGAAAGGGCAGUCAGGUCAGUAAAAGAGGCACUUGCUAGGCGCCUUAGGACCACCUUGGACAGGCUACAUCCCCGUUACUGCCCAGACACCCCCCUAGGAUCUGUCAGCUUGCCAAGCGACCCGAUCUACCGAGCGAGCACCAAUGAUCCAGCCUAUCCAACAACCGCCAAGGGACCAGUCUACUCAGCCCAGCCAGCCAGCACCAAAGGCUCCUUGCCGGGACCGAUCUACCCAGCCGAGAGUUCCCUGCCGGGCCCGAUCUACCCCGCCGACGCCGAGAGCUCCCUGCAGGGCCCGAUCUACCCAACCAAUGCCGAAAGCUCCCUGCAGGGCCCGAUCUACCCGGCCGGCGCCGAGAGCUCCCUGUCAGACCCAAUCUACUCAGACGACGCCAAAAGCUCACCACCGGGCCCGAUCUACCCGAGAGACACCGAGCGCUCCCUACCGGGCCCGGUCUACCAACGGAGGAGUCUGAACUCACAACCGAGCGAGCCGGUCUACCGCCCCGGCUGA